AUGGUGGUGCUGGUGGUGGUGGUGGUGAUGACAGUGGUGACGAUGAGUGGGGGUGGCGGUGAUGACGACAAGGAAGAUGUUGGUGGCGAUGAGCAUGGCCAUGACGACGGUGGUGGUCGAGAUGGUGAUGAUAACGGGCAGGAUAAUGGUGGUGGUGGUGGUGAUGGAGGCGACAGCAGCGACAGUGGUGGUGGCGAUGGUGGUGAUGAGAACGGCCAUGAUGGUGGUGGUGGUGGUGGUGGUGGUGGUGACAGCAGCGAUAGUGGUGGUGGCGAUGGUGGUGAUGAGAACGGCCAUGACGACGGCGGUGAUGGUGGUGAUGGUGGUAGUGAUGACGGUGGUGAUGACGGUGGUGACGGGGGUGGUGACGGGGGUGGUGGUGGCAGUGGUGGUGGUGGAGAGAAGGACAGUCGUGUCAGCAACCGUGACGCUGAUGCCUACCACUUAAAGAGCAUGCUCUGUUUCCAUUACUUACCUGUGAUUCACUCUAACUGA